AUGUUAAAAGUUGGGAAGCAAUAUGUCGUGUAUAUUCCAAAUGAGAAACGGUCUGAUCAGCCGCCCGGUGGCCGAGUGGGUAGUAUCCUUGUGUUCUGCCUGUGCGGUCCCGGGUUCGAUCCCCAGUUGGGUCGAUGGAUUCGCAUUGCUGAUGAGACCCAACCAGGUGGAAACAGCUGUCCAGUGCUUCCCAGAUUUUUAGCUGACGCCUCAUUUACACGACGACUUCAUCAUCUAAACAAUUAUGUGAUCACUGAGAAUCCGAUAUCGAAAGAUGAAAUUAGCUCCUAA